GGUCAUUGAGUAGCUAGCUAGGUAAUUAAUUGAAGAAGAGAAGAUUGAAGAUGGUGAAGGUUCAAUCAGCAGUGUUAAUAUUGGUGUUGGUUGCGGCAACAUUAUCAACUUGGUCCCAUGCUCGAGGCUUAACUGAUCACUUGGUGGACAUAUUCAAGUCUAGGCAUUCUCAUUCUACCGCUUCCGCUUCCGCUAGUUCCAUUCCCAGCAACAAUCCACCAUCUCUCAACUCUGAAAUAUCAACAUAUUCUCCCUAUAGAGAAUGCAUCCAAUCCUGUAAGAGCUGUGCUUGCACUCAAGUUUGGCCGCCUGAUCUAUCACUCUGUUUUUGCCUUGACCCUGGAAAAUAUAGGAGGAGGACGGUGCCUAUUCCAUAUAAAGAUUGCAAGAAAUCGUGUCAAAGUGCAUGCGCUUGUACGCUUGUUUAUCCAUUAGAGUUGUCACAGUGCAUUUGCCUCAACCCCAGCAGUCAACAAGUUCAUGAUGCCAAUGCCAUCACCUUUCAACACCACAACUAUAUAUGAAUUGAGCAGUGGAAAGGGAAAACUGGAAAAGACAGCCAGCCUCUUACGAUCGUGUUCAGAGCCAAUCAAAACCCUUUGCCCUCCCCAGUCAAAAUAAACUAGCAAGCUAGCUAUCAAGAUUAAAUAACGAUGUAUAUUAAACUUAAUUACCAGUGCUUUCUUUUAAUUUGGAUUACUUCCUUUUGUGAUGUAUGCCCUGGUUUUUUUCUUCGCUUUAAUCAAAUGUUGAUUAUUGUUUCUUUGUUUUCCUUUUACAUAUAAAAAGAAAAACAUGUACAGUAUACAGAGCUGUGCGUGUGUCGUGUAAAGGCAAAUGUUGUUGGAGUCAUUAGAAGGCUUAACCUAUUAUGUCAUUUGCUUAUACG